AUGGCUGUCCGCUGUCAAUUCGAAAACUCGUCCGAGAUCGGCGUGUUCGCACGACUCACCAAUGCCUAUUGCCUUGUCGCCAUCGGCGGCAGCGCCAACUUCUACUCGACCUUUGAAGCCGAGCUCGCCGACGUCAUCCCCGUUGUGCACUGCUCCAUCGCAGGCACGCGUCUCGUCGGACGUCUCACCGUCGGAAACAGGAAUGGACUGCUUGUUCCCUCGACUACCACCGAUCAGGAGCUGCAACAUUUGAGAAACUCUCUCCCCGAAUCCGUCGCCAUCCAACGUGUCGAAGAGCGUCUUUCCGCGCUCGGGAAUGUCAUCGCUUGCAACGAUUACGUCGCAUUAGUCCACCCGGAUCUCGACAGGGAAACCGAGGAGAUCAUCGCCGACGUACUCAAGGUCGAAGUGUUCCGUCAGACUGUCGGCGACAACGUGCUCGUAGGCUCCUACUCGGCCAUCUCGAACCAGGGCGCACUCACCCACCCCAGAACCUCCCUGCAGGACCAGGACGAACUCUCCUCUUUGCUGCAAGUCCCUCUGGUUGCCGGAACCGUCAACCGCGGUUCCGAUCUCAUCGGUGCUGGGUUGGUGGUCAACGACUUUGCCGCUUUCUGCGGUACAGACGCCACCGCGACAGAGAUCAGCGUCAUCGAGAGCGUCUUCAGGUUGACCGGCGCCGGCAACGGCGGCGACACGGUCAACGAGCUCAGAGAUGCAUUGGUCGAUACCUACGCUUGA